GAGAAGAGCAGGUCGGGAUUCCAUGCACAUCCGGGGAACACCGUCGUCGACAACGUUACGGCGUACUGAGAUAAAAAAGAAAUAAAAAGAGAAAAAGAGAACGCUGGUCGCUAACCCGUUUAUCCUGAGGGGGUGGUCACGCGGAUGAGAGAUUAAAUUAAUCAGUUUGAGCACAAAUGGCAUCGCCACGGUGGAUACUGCCGCUGCUGAUCUUGGGAACGAGCGCAAUCACGCUGAUUCCCGCGGCUCGACACUUCCAUGACGAGCUUCUCAGGAGCCCCAAAAACAUGCGGAAGCAGAGGUCCCUGGACAUGGCGGAUUCACCUGAGUAUUACAACGACCUGCACUCGUUCAAGUAUCACGGCGGCGACACCGACCGCAAGUUCGAUCGCGACUUCGACGAGGACGACGAGGAGAUCGAGUUCCUGCCUAGCGACAAUGGUCAGCUGGAAACGGUGGGGGAGGGUCUCCAGGGCUUGAAUAAUAAGCUACUCGAAAGAGCACUACUCGAUUAUUUGGAGACUCUACCCGAGCAGGAAGAACCGGUGCAGGCCUCGAUCUUUCGCGAGCGCGAGCGAAGUGGUAGCCGCAAACGGGGUGGCGCCGGCGAUCGACUGAACCUGGACAACGAAGAUCUGACGAGGUUGUUCAUGGAGGAACUGCAGAACGGUUUUCCGUACGGUGCGCUCGUGGAGGUGGACGACGACUAUCUAACUGCUUUACAAUCAAUUUACGACAGUUACAGAGCUGGUAGAGGGAACAAAGUAUACGAAACGGCAGGACCAAUGUCUUGGGGCGAGCUACUUAGCAAGGAUUCAUUGAGGAGCGAGAUGAAGGACGGCAAUGAUGAGGAGUUCGUGGAUCGCGAUCAGGAUCAGGGCAUCCUAUACUUGCCGGCGGAACGUAGGAAUGUAAACGGCCGAUUUCCUAUCGGCCGCGAGUUCGGUAGCUAUCGCAAGCUGACUAAGCGCUAUCCGGUCGCUAAGAGAAGCCCCAGGCCGACCCAAACCAGAUCAAAGACUACGGAUCCUAAGGUUGCUCAAGACCUAGGAGCCCUAUUCGGCACGCAAUUCACGAAUUCACACAAUCACACUCAUAAAUCUGAUCAUGAACACGAACACGAUCUCGAUCACGAUCACGAACGUAAGCAAGAAUCUGAUCAAAAUCACGAACACAAGCACAAAUCCAAUCAGAAUCACGAACACAAGCACAAAUCCAAUCAGAAUCACGAUCACGAACACGAGCACGAUCAUGAGGGCAAGACGGAAACGCCGUUGAAAGUGACGCCGUCCCCGAAGGGCCAAAAAGAAAACGCUACGAAGACGGCCAAAUCGAAAUUCCUUCAGGUGAGGAAGAAGAGCGUCGACUGGUCGCAAUAUUUCGGCAUUGAUCGGAGGAAGAAGAAGACGACCCUCACAGCCGGACAGGGCACGCAGAAUCAGGACGACGAGUGGAUGCUGCAGCGUUACUACGAGAAUAUGGCCGAAAAUUUAAAGCCAAAGGAAGACGAGAAUGAGCGGAAGGAUAAACUCGAGCAGAUGGAUACAAAAUUGAAAUAUAUUAAGGACUUGAUUAUCGAUGAAGCUAUGAGGUACGCUGCUUCGGAGGAUAAAGUGGAUCUGCAGAAGGUGAAGGAUAAGUUAAUGUCGCGAAUGGCAGCGGCAUAUACCUUGCAGAAAAUGCAAAAAGCGCUGAACGAUCUUCGAAACAAUGUUGCGGCUCAUAAGCAGACACAGAGAACGCAAAAGGAGGCACAGCACAAUUCUACGUCUAAUUUUCGCGAAAACAAUAAUCCGAACACUAAUAGUGUUACCGGCAGUAAAGCUGACGAGAAACGGAACGAUAUUAAUAACAAUAUAGAGGAAAGCGAAUCCAUCGAGGAACCUAGAAGCUGUCCGGAAUUAGAAGCCAUCGAGUGGCGAUGCCGAACUGUGGAUAACUUAGCCGGCGACACAGCUCAAAUGCUCUACGUGCCCUGUGUGAAAUUGCAAAUCUGCAAAGCUUGCGCGCAGAACGAGGAGGGGCUGUUACCCUGCCUCGCCAACUACGCCCUGGUGGCCGGCAAGGUGUGCGACGCGUUGGAGUCCAGGGACGGGCAGUCGCGGAUGGCGGCUGCGGUGCGCGAGGGCGAAAGGCAGUCCUGCGCGAACGCCGCGUUGCUGCUGUCGCAGUUGCAGCCACCCGGGGCGGCGACCGCGCAGUGCCGCGCGCGGAACUCAUGUCUGCGGCUGUAUCAGGCGCGAUACGAGCACCGCUUCCGCACGUCGCCGGCGUACGAGGGCAGUUCCGGACGUCGCAUCCAUCACGAAGGAGCCCUCGACGCGCUGCAGCAAACCAUGUCCGAACGAUAAGAACCAGGCGAGCGAGAGGAAGCUCCGGUCCGGCCGCGCGAUACGGUUGAACCGCCAGUUAUCCGGACGUCCAGGUAUCGCCUGAGUACCGAACGAUCUCUCCCCCCCCCUCCUCCUGACGAUCGACAUCCGACUGAACGCGGAACGAGGAUUUUUAAUUUACGCCGAAACUGUUUUGCUGUUGUAGUUAUAUUUGUUAUUUUGUUUAAUACCCCCUAGGCCUACGUUUUCUUUUACUAGAAGUCUCGUCCGGAUAACCGGCGGUUUACUGUAUUAAAGAAUCUUCCGUCGUAAUAAAGCAUGAAUCAAGAUUAGUCCUCCCUGGGUACCAUACGUUUCCUUAAGCUUCUCGGAUCUACAGAAAAGAGUUAAAAAAGAAAUUUAUAAGUCGAUUGUCUAUGUGAUUAUUUUAGUCACAGAGACCCCUGCGUGUGGUACCAGCUGAG